AUGUCCCACAAGACUGUUACAUUGGAUCGAUAUGGCGACACCCAACUUCGCAUUGGUCUUGACCACUCAGAGGAACCAGUCGUCUUCACUGCUUGCUCGCGGGCCUUGUCUCGCUCCUCGUCCAUCUUUCGCAGCAUGUUGUACGGUGACACGGUCGGAAACGAACCAGAAAUUAUUUCAAGACGAGAAAACCAAAUCAUUGACGUGCACCAUGAUACGCUUGUCCCCAUGACCACCCUGCUGUGCAUUAUUCACUCUAAAUUCGACCAGGUACCACCAGCACUGUCUGUUGAUGAAUUAUAUGAUCUGGUCGUCGUUGCACGUAAAUACGACAUGAUGACUGCUUUGAGGCCUUGGACCGCCAAAUGGACCAAGAUUUUGGGCACCAACACGCAAUCCACCCAAGAGGAAAUCACAAAGGCAUUGUGGAUUUACUGGGAGCUGGGCCAGAGGGAUGCAUUCUACCUGGCAGUUCGUCGGUUGACGGUGGAAUCUAGAGCACCCGUAAAUUCAUGUCCCGAUGGGCUACAGACACCGCCAGGCAUCGCAGGUGAGUAUCAAGAGUUGACGGCGCUGCGGUUCCUUGUGCUUUCACCCGCUCAUGUAUAG